AUGAGCAGCGAAGACGAGGAAUUUGUGGUCGAAGGCCCCGAGUUGGCAGCGGACGACCCGAUGCGCGCGUUCCUACCAGCGUCAUUUGGGAAAAAGACUAAGGAAGCCAACAUCGCCGCCCAGAUCGAUCGGAGCCGGAGAGUGGCAGAAAAGCCCUCGGCAGGAACUUCCUUUGAGGGAUCCGCAGGUCCGCCAAAAGGUGAUCACCAAGACAAGAAGUCCGACUCAAACAAUGACAGUGACAGCGACGACUCGGACUCGGACGACUCCGAAGAUGGCGACGACUACCCAGUUUCGCACGAAUUGGUUUUGAAAACCCAUGAAAGAGCGGUCACCACAGUCACGCUGGACCCAGCAGGCGGAAGACUCGUGUCAGCGUCGCUUGACUGCAAAAUCAACCUGCACGACUUCGCGUCCAUGACACCGAGUACUCUCAGAGCAUUUCGAAGCGUUGAUCCAUGGGAAACGAAAUCCUCUUCCGCGAACGCCGAGUCCCACCCGAUUCACCACGUCGAAUUCAACCCCCUAGCUGGCAGCGUGUUUCUCUGCGUAUCGGCCCAUCCACAGGCAAAGAUUAUGUCGAGGGACGGCGACGUUGUGACGGAGUUUGUCAAAGGCGACAUGUACCUACGGGACAUGAACAACACCAAGGGCCACAUCUCAGAAGUAACCACGGGAACUUGGCACCCGGCCGACAAGAACCUGUGUGUGACUGCGGGUACCGACAGCACGCUGAGAAUCUGGGAUAUCAACAAUAAGCGCAGUCAGAGGGACGUGAUUGUCUUCAAGUCCAAGGCGGCAGGUUCUGCUGGUCGAACGAGAAUGACUGCGGUUGCCUGGGGCGCGCCGGCGCAAGGUGGCAGCAACGUGUUGGUCGCGGCGGCUUUAGACGGCUCGCUGGUCAUGUAUAGCGGCAACAGUCCGUUUUCUCGGCCCACAGCUGAAAUCAGAGAUGCCCACAAAGCCGAUACCUGGACUGGAGGGGUGGACAUCUCAUCCGACGGUCGCAUGGUCGUCACCCGCGGAGGCGACAAUACGAUCAAACUGUGGGACACGCGAAAGUUCAAGACGCCUCUUGUCACGGUGGACCAUCUCUCGACAUCAGAUCACUUUCCGAUGAGCAGUAUCAGAUACUCGCCAAACUCGACAAGCAUUUUGACAGGUUCCGCAACGGGCGACCUGCACAUUCUGAAUCCUGGAAAUCUGAGAGCCGAGCAUGUGACACAAAUCACUCCAGGAGCACCUCUCAUCACUGUUGAUUGGCAUCCCAAGAUUAACCAGAUUAUCACGGGAUCUGCGAAUGGUGAGACACAUGUGCUUUACAGCCCAACAAUGUCGAUGCGGGGUGCCGUGGAGGUCAUGUCCCGAGCGCCGAAGAAGCGGCACAUUGACGACGACCCAUCUCGAACGACGGACAUGACGGCAGGCAUGUCUGGAGAUGCCAUCAUCACUCCAGGGAGCGCAAUGGCUGGCCGGAGAAAUGCGGGAGUUACGGCUUCGGGCAAGUCCAAAGAUCCCAGAAGACCGGCGGUCUUGGAGCAAACACCAUUUAUGAGGAGCCAGCCGGACGAAAAGCAUAUUGCAGAGAAUAUCCCUCUGGCAAAAAUGCUUCACGAAGAUCCCAGAGAGGCACUGCUGAAAUAUGCCGAUGCUGCGCAAAAAGACCCAAUGUUUACUGCUGCGUGGCAGAAAACACAACCUGUUACUCAGUACGCGGAUGUGAGCGAUGACGAAGGGGAGCCGGACAAGAAAAAGGUCAAGCGGUGA